AUGGAGUACCGCCUGCCUGUGGUGCACAAGUUGGAGUCGCUGCUGCUCUCCAGUGAGCGCAUGAUCAAGCGGCAUGCCAGUCGCUUCGAUGUUCUGAAUUUUUACACGGUGUCCGAGGCACGAUGGGUGGUGCAGACCAUCUGCCAGAAUCUGCGGGGCGUUCUGCAAGUGUUCGAUCUUACAGUGGAAGACGCGGUGCCGGAUGCUGAUGCAGAGCAAGACAGCGCCUUCCUGGAGCACCAUUUGAAGUUUGUGGUGGAUGAUGGUGAUGACUGCAACGACUUGCAGCAGAGUGAUUCCAGUGCCACGCAAUGCAACAGGAGUCAAAACGGCCUGCACGAAGACAGGAAGGAUGCUGAUGAUAGCGAUCCCUUUGGUGACGAGUGGCAUGAAGUGAAGCGGGGCCUGCAGGCCCAACUGGCCCGGCUUUCGAUUGUUACAGAGGAUGCCAUCGAUUGCACAGAGAGCACUGAGAUCGGUGCGUCCGACCACAGUACCAUGUACAAGUCGGUGUGGCAGGGACAGGAGGUGGCGGUGAAGCGGCUGGUGCUGGUGGAACAGGGCGCCGGAAAGUAUGAGCAGAUGGCGCAGUUCCUGAUGGAGGCAGCAUUGAAUGCGCCCAUGAGCCAUCCCAACGUGGCCCGCGUGCUAGCUGUCGUGAGAUCGGGCCUCAUUAUCUUGGAGCUGGCAAGUGAGAGCCUGUUCUCGUGGUACCAACACGGCUGGGUGGCAGACUGGGGCCUCAAGAUCCAGGUUGCUCACCAGGCCGCGUUGCGACUCGCCCACCUCCACGCCCACCGAAUCAUACACCGCGAUGUCAAGUCAUGCAACUUCUUGGUCUUUCCGCCCUCCUCAGGAGACUGCGCAGUGCCCGUUGUGAAGCUGUGCGACUUGGGCAUUGCUGUGGGGCAAAGUGAGGAGUGGCGAGUGGAGACGACGAAAAGACAGCAGCCCGGGACCAAGAAGUAUUUGGCGCCAGAGAUCGAUGCGGGCAAGGCGCACAACCCCCAGAGCCAUGUGUUCAGUUUUGGGGCGGUGUUGUGUGAGGUGGUGGUGUAG